CUCCCUUUUGUUGAAUUUUGUUAUCCACUAAAAGGUCAUUUUGUGCUAUUUCGGCUUUUGCAUGUACCCCCACUUUGACUCACAAUCUCUUUGAACAUUUUCUAGAUCCGCCCUAAUCUCGGUUGAGAUGAAUAUUUGGAAUGACGCCUUCAUAAUUCAUGUCUGGUUAUUUAUUUCCAGCUUCGGCCGGUUUUAGCCAUUAAUGUGCACUUAGGUGACACUUAUUUCAUUGAACAUGAGACGCUAAUCCUCAAACGAGGAUUAUGUACAUGCCGCCUCAUUUAGGACAGGAGCAAUCACCUAUAGGUCCGAGUUACAGGCAUCACUGCAAUCGUGUGCCGCUUUUGUAAAAUUGUUGCCCCCUCCCCGCCCCCUCCACCUCCCUGAACAUUUGAAAAAAGAUUUAUAUCUCUCCUUGUGACCUUGGCCAUCUUUGGAAUUGGCCACUAUCGGGGGCAUUUGUGUUUCACAAAUACGUACAUCUUGUUUUUCAUUAUGGAUACGUUUUUGAACAAUGUGUUCAUUAUCAGUCAUCUAUACAUAGGGGCUGGUGUGGAGGAAGGUAGCGGGGUUUAUGGCAAGCCCUUUCAUAGAUCAUUUUAAACAAUUUUGUGCAAUUUUGGGGUUCGCAAUCCUCCCUUCUUUUUUCUUUUUUUUUUUGGACAGAAAAUAACCAUUUUUAAGAGCAUUCCCCUUGUAAAUUUUAUGGAUCCGCCCUUUGAUGGCUUAAGUCUAAGUUCAAUUCUAAUUAUUGAAUCGUAACAAACAUAUGUAGGCCUAACUCGGAGAUCAGUAUUUCACUGAAAUACUAAGUCCAUAAAAAUUAUUUGGAAACAAUUUAAAGAUCCGCCUAUUUUUCUUUUCCCGCGAAAACUUUACUAUUGAUUGAUCUACUUCCGGUUUAUCUCUUGUUGUAGAGGCGAAAGCUAGAAAACGACAGAUUAUAGCAAAUAAUUUUUAAGGAAAUAUGUCGACUAGAAGUAUUGAAAGCUAUGUUACAGAUAUAUGCAAAUAUAUCGAUGAAUUGCAUUACAAAAACAUGAAUACCGUUUAUGAGACGCUUCAGAAAAUGAGAGCCAGCUUCAAAAGUAAACACUAUUUGAACUACUGGAAGGUUCUGCAGUGUGUUGGAGAGGUGGCAGCGGACAGACUUGUGUACAUGGUAGACAAUACCCUCAAUGCAUCUGAUCAAAAAUGCACCAACUUACAACUACUGCAUGUGAUGGAACUCUUCAAUGAGUGUUUGACAACAGUGGCUGUGAUCAAGAGAGUUAACACCCACAGGAGGAAUGUAGUAGCUGUAGUUUUCUCAGGCUUGGAGCAGAGGGAGUAUCCACACCUUGUGAGGAAAUGUCUAUCUGUGUUGUACAGACUGAUUAUUGCUGGAAAGGUGACUCUGGUAACGCCGUACAUGAAGCGAGGAAUUGUGAGACACAUUUAUCAAAAUAUCAAAUGUCGGCAAGCAUCCUUUGGAGUGAAUUCUCUCGAAACAGUUUCCUAUUGUGCAAAAAUAUUAGCAGCUUUAUUACAGUUGGCUGACAGCCCUACAAGGAGAACUAUACUGAAAUCAAAUGUUAUUAAUGAAUUGGAUGUGUACAUGGUAAAGCUGCAAAAAUCAAAAGUAGAGUGUGAAAGAAUGAUGGAAGUGUGGGAAUUUUAUGACCGUGUCAAAUUGUUAUCUAUUAAUGAUGGUUUAACUAGCUCCUUAAAACAGGAAGACUGGAAUCCUAAAGAGAAGCUGGCAGAGGAACUGGAACAGUAUGAGGAAGUGUACAUUUUCUGUUCGUCCCCUACCUGUCGGAAACAAGAAAUGGAGAAGGAGAAGUUUCUAUACUGUGGAAGUUGUAGGUUAUCUAGAUACUGUUGUAUCGGGUGUCAGAGACAGCACUGGAAACAGGGCCAUAAACAGAUGUGUCUACGUGAUAAUUAACAGCACUGGAAACAGGGCCAUAAACAGACGUGUCUACGUGAUAAUUAACAGCACUGGAAACAGGGCCAUAAACAGAUGUGUCUACGUGAUAAUUAACAGCACUGGAAACAGGGCCAUAAACAGAUGUGUCUACGUGAUAAUUAACAGCACUGGAAACGGGGCCAUAAACAGAUGUGUCUACGUGAUAAUUAACAGCACUGGAAACGGGGCCAUAAACAGAUGUGUCUACGUGAUAAUUAACAGCACUGGAAACAGGGCCAUAAACAGAUGUGUCUACGUGAUAAUUAACAGCACUGGAAACGGGGCCAUAAACAGAUGUGUUUACGUGAUGAUUAACAGCACUAGAAACAGGGCCAUAAACAGAUGUGUUUACGUGAUAAUUAACAGCACUGGAAACAGGGCCAUAAAGAGAUGUGUCUACGUGAUAAUUAACAGCACUGGAAACAGGGCCAUAAAGAGAUAUGUCUACGUGAUAAUGAACAGCACUGGAAACAGGGCUAUAAACAGAAGUGUUUACAUGAUGAUUAACAACACUGGAAACAGGGCCAUAAAGAGAUAUGUCUACGUGAUAAUGAACAGCACUGGAAACAGCGCCAUAAACAGAAGUGUUUACGUGAUGAUUAACAACACUGGAAACAGGGCCAUAAAGAGAUGUGUUUACAUGAUAAUUAACAGCACUGGAAACAGGGCAUAACAAGAUGUCUAUAUAAUGAUAGACCUGAUAUUUAAUGAAACAGGUGCAGUGGGAGUUUGUACUUGAUUAGUGGAAUGGAAAUGUAAGUCUUGCAUAUAUGUGAGAUUUUGUACUGUAUUUGAAGUGGAGACAGAUCAGCAAAACUAACCAAUAUAGCCUAUAAAACAACAUUAAAAAGUGACAGCAAAACUAAUCAAUCUAGCCUAUGAAACAGCAUUAAAAAGUGACAGCAAAAUUAAUCAAUCUAGCCUAUGAAACAACAUUAAAAAGUGACAGGAAAAAUAACAAAUAUAGCCUAUAAAACAACAUUAAAAAGUGACAGCAAAACUAACCAAUAUAGCCUAUAAAACAACAUUAAAAAGUGACAACAAAACUAACCAAUCUAGCCUAUAAAACAACAUAAAAAAGUGACAGCAAAACUAACCAAUCUUGCCUAUAAAACAACAUAAAAAAGUGACAGCAAAACUAACCAAUCUAGCCUAUAAAACAACAUUAAAAAGUGACAGCAAAACUAACCAAUAUAGCCUAUAAAACAACAUUAAAAAGUGACAGCAAAAUUAAAUCAAUCUAGCCUAUGAAACAGCAAAACUAACCAAUCUAGCCUAUAAAACAACAUUAAAAAGUGACAGAAAAACUAACCAAUAUAGCCUAUAAAACAACAUUUAAAAAGUGACAGCAAAACUAACCAAUCUAGCCUAUAAAACAACAUUAAAAAGUGACAGCAAAACUAACAAAUAUAGCCUAUAAAACAACAUUAAAAAAUGAAAGCAAAACUAACCAAUAUAGCCUAUAAAACAACAUUAAAAAGUGACAACAAAACUAACCAAUAUAGACUAUAAAACAACAUUAAAAAGUGACAGCAAAACUAACAAAUAUAGCCUAUAAAACAACAUUAAAAAGUGACAGCAAAACUAACCAAUAUAGCCUAUAAAACAACAUUAAAAAGUGACAACAAAACUAACCAAUCUAGCCUAUAAAACAACAUAAAAAAGUGACAGCAAAAUUAAUCAAUCUAGCCUAUGAAACAGCAAAACUAACCAAUAUUGCCGAUAAAACAACAUUGAAAAGUGACAGAAAAACUAACCAAUAUAGCCUUUAAAACAACAUUAAAAAGUGACAGCAAAACUAACCAAUCUAGCCCAUAAAACAACAUUAAAAAGUGACAGAAAAACUAACCAAUAUAGCCUUUAAAACAACAUUAAAAAGUGACAGCAAAACUAACCAAUCUAGCCUAUAAAACAACAUUAAAAAGUGACAGCAAAAUUAAUCAAUCUAGCCUAUGAAACAGCAAAACUAACCAAUAUUGCCAAUAAAACAACAUUAAAAAGUGACAGAAAAACUAACCAAUAUAGCCUAUAAAACAACAUUAAAAAGUGACAGCAAAACUAACCAAUCUAGCCCAUAAAACAACAUUAAAAAGUGACAGCAAAACUAACCAAUAUAGCCUAUAAAACAACAUUAAAAAGUGACAGCAAAACUAACCAAUAUAGCCUAUAAAACAACAUUAAAAAGUGACAGCAAAACUAACCAAUCUAGCCUAUGAAACAGCAUUAAAAAGUGACAGCAAAACUAAUCAAUCUAGCCUAUGAAACAGCAUUAAAAAGUGACAGCAAAACUAACCAAUAGCCUAGAUAAAACAGCAUUAAAAAGUGACAGCAAAACUAACCAAUAGCCUAUAAAACAGCAUUAAAAAGUGACAAAGUGUUCUCGUAUACUGGAAGUAUAGCAUUUUCACAUGAAGUUCAUUAUAGAUCCUAUUAGUAGUAAAAGUUGCUGUAAAGUUAAGGAACUUGUUUGUAUUGUGCAGUAGACUAGUUCUGAAAAUCAUCGUUAACUGUUUUACUUUUAGUUUUACUGUUAGUGUUGUUUUGCAAUAUUUCUGGAGGUUUGAUUUACCAUUACCAGUAGUUCAUUGUUUUGAAAAGUUUUUUGUGUUUGAAAAAUGGAUGACAGAAAAUUUAAUAUUACAAUGUCUACUAUGUAUGUUAAUCAAAAUAUGAUUAUAGUUGACACUGUCCACUCUGUGUUCAAAAUAUAUUAUAGAUAAGUUCACAGUGUCUGCUAUGUGUGUUCAAUAAACACGGUUACAGAUUAGUUCACAGUGUGUGCUAUUUGUGUU